GUGAAGGCAGAAUCAGACAGAGUCUGUGGAAUCAACUUAGAAUAAAGACAGACUCUCGCUGAACAAGAAAAUGGGGACUGAUAACAUCACUUCCACUGCACCUCAACCAGCUGUGGGGGAAGGGGUUUUCAGAAAUGUGCGUACGGUCUCCCUGGUCAUCUACUGCGUGACACUUAUCUUUGGUACUCUAGGCAACGGCUUGGUCAUCUAUGUGACAGGCUGCAGGAUGAAGAGAUCAGUCAACUCAGUUUGGUUUCUCAACUUAGCUCUGGCUGACUUCCUCUUUACAGCCUUCCUGGUUUUCACGAUCAUUUCUGUCUCUCAGGAGCAACAAUGGCAAUUUGGACAAUUCCUUUGCAAGCUCAACAGCUUUGUGAAUAUAAUCAACAUGUUUGCAAGUAUCUUUCUUCUGGCAGCCAUAAGUCUGGACCGUUGCCUGUCGAUCUGGGUUGUGGUGUGGGCACAAAACAAGCGCACCGUUUUCAAAGCCCAGUUCAUAUGUGUUGUCAUCUGGUUGACAGCUGCUGUGUGCAGCGCCCCUUACGCCACCUUUAGGGAUAUUGUGGUCGUACAGGAGAAGACGUACUGUGUUUAUCCUGCAUCAGUAACACCUGGACAAAAAUGGUCUCUCAAUAUUUUUCGCUUAGUCAUGGGCUUCUUCAUCCCGUUCCUGAUAAUAUUGGUCUCUUAUGUGGCCAUAGGCGUUCGUGCAGGGCGAUUGCAGAGGACCAGGAAACAGAGAUCUCGCCGAAUCAUUCUCUCUGUCGUUCUUGCGUUCUUGAUCUGCUGGUUGCCCUUCCACAUUUUGUGUUUAAUAGAAUUAAAGAUGCAGAAUACCACAGAUCUCCAGAAUGUUGCUAGAAUUGCGGGCCCUCUGGUUUUGAGCCUGGCUUAUAUGAACAGCUGCCUGAAUCCCAUCCUCUAUGUAUUCAUGUGUGAUGAAUUCCAGAAGAAGCUCAAGCGGUCCUUGUGCUUCGUCCUAGAGAGCGCCCUGGCAGAAGACCACAUCUCAUUCAUGUCUUCUCGCUCCUUGUCGUCACACCUUUCUCGGUUGACCAGGAAGUCUGACUCUAUUGCACCCGAAGAGAGAAGGGGUACAACCACUUCACUGAACUUAGAAAAAAGCAAAGUGGACAUUCCUGUGGACAGAGAGAGAGACACGGGGAGCACUGAAUAAUGUCUCCACAGCCACUUCUAUCAACAGAAAUCACCGAGGAGAGAGACGGAGAGCACUGAUAAUGACUGCCAUCACAGGAGAUGUUAAUCUAAUGUGUCCACAUCAAACAAACAACAUGUUGAAUUUAUUGGGUCAGUACAUUUGUGCACAGAAUUUAUUUUUUGCAAUGUGUGAUUUUAAAAUGUUUUAAAGACUAAAGCGACGACUCGCGGUCAGGUGUUUUCAAUUAUGGUUGAUAAGACAUCCCCAUUGACUCCCUUGUUACUUAUGUUGCACCUGCUACAACUUUCACGUUUGUAUUACUAGUACAUGCCGUUUGAUGACAUCACACAGCUCCCAAUAUCUUCCAGGUCUAAUCAGCCAGAAUAGUUGGAAACACCUGUGUGGGUGUGGUGUGGCUUUGAGAUGUAAAUAUCAAGAUUUUUGUGUAACAAUGAAUUAUUUUGUACCAAGAAGUUGUAACCUUCAGUAAAUCAGAUAUGGAAAUGCCUAUAAUUCCAAUGAUAAAGGGACCAGUUGUAUCUUUAUCUUUGUAUGCUUUUGAUGCUCCAGCUUAUUAACCCAUAGUUAUUGACAGGCUUAUGGUCCAUAGCAGCAUUCAUGGGACUGUCACACAAGACUGAGCUUUAAUGAUUGAGCUGUAUGCAUUUCAAUAAAGUGAAUAAAA